CGGCCUCAUCCACUCUGAAAUUUGGUCGCGCAUUUUGGGACGAAGAAGAAGGAGGAGCUUUUUGAGGGAAGCGCAGGUGCAAAGAAGAAAGAAGCCACCACACAGUUUCUCGUGCCGCCAACGUGCUUCUGCUCCGCCGUUCACCUGCUCCCUGCAAAUAGACGCAAUGGCGGCCUCAGUAGCGUCCAAGGUGACCACCCUCAGCUCCGCCUUCAUCGGCAACAAGGAGCUCUGCUCCGUGAAGACGACGAGGGCGUCGGUCUUUGUCAGCAACGUGAACAGGGCCCGGACUGUCUGCUCAGCAGAGAAGUCAGUUGGCAAGGCCGCCACCGCCAUUGCCCUCGCUGCCGCCAUUGCUGUUGCCACCCCCCAGAUCGCCUCUGCUGAUGUUGCUGGUCUGACCCCCUGCAAGGACUCCAAGGCUUUCGCCAAGAGGGAGAAGAAGGAGGUUAGCAAGCUGCAGAACAGGCUAAAGAACUACGAGGAGGGCAGCGCACCUGCGCUUGCUCUUCAAGCUAGCAUUGACCGCACGCAGGCUCGGUUCGCAAAGUACGGCAAGCAGGGUCUGCUCUGCGGGACUGACGGCCUCCCCCACUUGAUUGUGGACGGAGACCAGGCACAUCUGAGCGAGUUUGUGUUCCCCGGGCUAGUGUUCCUGUACAUUGCUGGAUGGAUCGGAUGGGUUGGCCGGGAAUACCUCAUUGCUGUGAAGUCAACAGCAAAGAAGCCCACUGAGAAGGAAAUCAUCAUCGACGUGCCCCUCGCCCUCAAAUUGACCACCACCGGCCUCACAUGGCCCAUUGCCGCCGUCAGUGCCCUUAGAAAUGGUUCCCUGAUCGUUCCCGACAGCAAGAUCACCGUGUCCCCGAGAUAAUCAUUGCAAUGCCACCGCUCGAUGCUCAUUGAGAGCAGUACAUAAAGCAGGGACGGUGUUCAGCGAAUGGUUCUAAAAUGUGUCAGCAACGCUGGCUGGGCAGGCUAGCUCCAUAAACGAGGUCGGCUGCGAGUUGGCAAACGGUCCUUGCUGCCGCAACUGGCCUCGAGCGAGAACGUUGUUCCGUUGAUAUUGUAGAACAGCAUUUUGUUUAUAUUGUCCGCGACUGAUUGAAGGAGACCCUGGCAUUGCUUCCUGAAUCUGGAAGAGAUGUGAUUGUGUUGAACUGGUGCGUCCAUGCUACGGAAGCUGCUCAAAAGAUUGGAUGUCAUUACUUCAAGCAUAAGGUCUGACAAUCUCGAC